AUGAGACUUACCAACUUGAUUCUGGCUGCCAGCGCUGCUGGUCUGGCUUCUGCGUACCCUCACGCCCGAGAGGUCGUUCCCAAGCGCAGCAGUGCUGUGAAGAAGCGUUCUUCUGGCUUUACCUGGGUUGGUUGCAACGAGUCCGGUGCAGAGUUUGGUUCGGCCAUUCCUGGAACCUUGGGUACAGACUAUAUCUGGCCCACCACAUCCAACAUUCAGGUCCUGCGUGAUGCUGGUAUGAACAUUUUCCGCGUUCCAUUCUUGAUGGAGCGUCUGGUGCCUACCAGCAUGACUGGUACCCCGGAUGCCACAUAUCUGGCUGAUCUAAAAUCCACUGUGGCGUUCAUCACUGCCAGUGGUGCCCAUGCGGUCCUUGAUCCCCAUAACUAUGGAAGAUACUCUGGAAGUAUCAUUGAGUCGACCGCCGACUUCGAGACUUUCUGGAAGACCGUUGCUGCCGAGUUUGCUGACAACGAUCUGGUUAUCUUUGAUACUAACAACGAGUAUCACGACAUGGACCAGACCCUCGUUCUUGACCUGAACCAGGCAGCUAUUAACGGUAUUCGUGCCGCCGGCGCUACCACCCAGUACAUCUUCGCCGAGGGCAACGCCUACACCGGUGCCUGGUCAUGGACUACCUACAACGACAACAUGAGCAACCUGACGGAUACCGAGGACAAGAUUGUCUACGAGAUGCACCAGUACCUCGACUCGGACAGCUCUGGUACUUCCGAGACUUGCGUCAGCUCUACUAUCGGACAGGAGCGCCUGGUGGAGGCCACCGCCUGGUUGAAGGCCAACGGCAAGAAGGGUUUCCUUGGCGAGUUCGCCGGUGGUGUCAACGCGGACUGUGAGGCUGCCGUUGAGGGUAUGCUCGAGUAUAUGAGCGAGAACAGCGACGUCUGGAUGGGCGCUGAGUGGUGGUCUGCCGGUCCCUGGUGGGGAACUUACAUGUACAGCUUGGAGCCGACUGAUGGCCCCGCUUACUCAACUUAUCUUCCCAUCCUGGAGAAGUACUUUGUUACUGACUCUACCACUACUACUUCCGCUUCAACCACUUCUGCUUCGACCACUUCUGCUUCGACCACUUCCGCUUCAUCUACCUCGACCUCGUCUACCUCUACUUCGUCCACCUCGACCAAGACCACUUCCACCAAGACUACUUCCACCAAGACCACUUCCGUCAAGACCACUUCCACUUCCACCUCCUCUUCGACUACCGCCGCUGUGGAAGCUACUACAACUCCUAACAGCGAGGUUGAAGUCACCAGCUCAUUGGUUGACUCCACCACCACAGUUACUGCGACCGCCGUUGCCACUACUAGCGAAGCGACCACCUUGACCUCCGUCUAUGUUCCUUCUUCCACCUCUACCUCCACCACCUUGGCCACUGUCCCAACCUCUACCAAGUCGACCACUGCUGCUGCUGCCACCGCCACUGGAGCUCUCGUCGCACACUACUACCAGUGCGGUGGAACCAACUGGACCGGUGCCACAACCUGCGAGUCCCCCUACACAUGCAAAGUUCAGAACCCUUACUACUCCCAGUGCGUCUAA